AAUCAAAACCUUUGCUAGUUUCGGGAGAAGUUGCACCACAGAGGAAAACAACAUGGCGGACAAGCCGUAUAAAAUAAAAGGUUUUUCAAUCAAGGAUAAUGCAGUUGUGAAGUACCAGCUUUGGAGCAGAAGAAGACCAAGAGACGACGGAUAAGACAAAGAUGGUGCUCCGUGAAGGCAAGUACGGUCAUUCUACGGGGAAAACUCUGCGCUCGAAAUUUGCUAGAGGUAGCAAGUAUCAUGGUGGCAUAGAACUACUUCGCGUAAAACCCCUUAGAAAAAUCCAGAAUUCCUCCAAUAAUGUUGUAUUUUCACUGAACAAGAAGAAGAGAUGGCUCAUCCCCGAAGAUAUCAAGCAAUCGGGAGCCCUUCGUGACGAUUAUGGGGUAGAAUGCUUGCAAAACAUGAGUAACGUUAUCCUCGUGGAGAGACAAGCUCAUGACUCUGUGUCAGAGACAAGUUCUAAGAAACUCAAGACCAAGCAAGGUUAUUGCACCUUAGUGUUUGAAGGCGAAGUUAUCCGAGAAAAAACGCCAAAGCUUAGAUAUGCACAAGCAAAAAUACUCUUACAAGACAUGGAAGUCAUCAUCGAAGUCGACGAAAAUGCUAAAUCCGUUGAGAUUCUACGUCCCUUUAACAAAGGUUCUUGGCCUCAUAAUUUGAAAUACAACGCAAAGGAAAAACCUAUUCCAAAGAAAAGUUUGCACAGAGGCAAGAAUAAAAGGAUCUCAUAUUUAGACACAGCCGAUUACUAUGACUAUGAGGAUUACCAAGAAGAGGCCAAUGAGGAAGAGAAUGGCGAUAAGGAAUUCUCUAGUAGAUAUCCAAGCUUGCAGCUUAGUGAUUUUCUUAUCACAUCAGAACCUAUAAAAGGACACGUCAAGAGAGAAAGCCCCUUAAAAUCCCAUGGUCAGAAUGAAAUCUCUACAGAUACUCAUGACAGAAAACAGCAUUGUGUCAAUUUAUGUCAAGAAAAUGAGAUAAAGAAACAUAAGGAGCUAAGAAGAAUGGGAAGUGAAAUGAUUGAGUUUCUUUCAAAAUCUAACCCACGCAAAGCUUCAGUUUUAUACAAACAUGAACCUCACAGAAUCCAAAGGUUUGCUGAGCAUGGAGAAAGAGGAAAGAAAGUUCAUCGCCAAUUCACAGAUGAUAAAGUUCAAGAAGAGCAUUUUAAAGUAUGUGUCAGCUUUAAAGAAAGUGAGCUACAUGCCAAACAGCUUUUAAAAAACUGGGGUAAUAUGUAUCAUGAGAGUGGUUCUCUUCCCAGAAAGUUUACCAUUGAUAUCUCAAGCCUGGUGGCUGGCUGUUCAUAUGAUGAUGUUGCCCCUUUUGUUUGGUUGCUUUUUGAAGAAGCUGACACAUGCGAAGGGAAGCAGACAGUGUUAAUACGCUCUUUGGUGGUGUGUGAUGGUCUAGAGAGGUUUUCCAUAGCUCUCUGUCAGUCAAUAAAAAAAGAACUCAUUCUCAAGCUUCACAAGUUAUCAAACUCUCAAGAUAACAUAACUGUGACAGACAUCAUCUUCACAGCUGUAAAUUUCUGGCAGAUUAGUUUUGAAAAAUAUGGUACUCAGAUCACUACUUAUUAUAAAAAUCCAUCAAAUCUGAUGAUUGAACAAGUGUUUGGAUGGAAGUGCAUUAGCUUUUCUCAUCGCCUGGCAAAACUAGAAGUGAGAAAAGCAAUGACAAAAUGUGGAUCUCAGCUGCCUUCAAGCAAACCAAAUGGCAUGCUGAGGGAUGAGGUCAAAUUUUGUGGGAUUUGCUGUCUGAAAUUUGAACAUGAAGAUUUCUCAACCGGUCUGCUCCUGUGCAGUCAUAAGUUCUGUAACUCCUGCUGGCAUCAGUACCUCACUGUCCAGAUCAGAAGUGGCCACUCACCUUUAAAGUGCCCUGGACAUAUGUGCGACGCCAUCAUUGAUGACACCACUGUGAUGUCUCUGGUUCCUGAGCUUCUUGAGCAAUUCAUCAGGAACAAGGUCAACAUGAAGCUUUGCUCAGGCCAACAGUGGCAGCAGUGUGAAAAAUGUGCUUUUUAUGUAAAGCUUGUUCUUCCUACUUGCAUUGCCAAUUCAACAGAAGUUCCUGUGCAUGUUGUUUGCCGAUGUGGAAACACCUGGUGUUCACGCUGUAAGGAUGAGCCACACUGGCCCGCGUCUUGCAGUCAGGCUGAAAGGUUUUGGCUGAAAUACGCUGACCAAUUGUCUGAAUAUCAGAGGAAGGACUUGUUUUACUCUGUCUAUAUUAAGCGCUGCCCACACUGUCGCUAUCCCAUUGAGAAAAAUGGGGGUUGUCCACACAUGUAUUGUAUAUUAUGUAAGGCUACCUUCUGCUGGCACUGCCUCACAUUGUUUAGUAAGCAUAGUGCGAAUGGGUGUAGUAUAAAAAAGGAGGAAAAAAUCCUACUACAAAGCACUGGGCUGUAUAAAUCAGCAAAGGACGUAGCCAUUUCUAGUAGAACUGCUAGGGCUCCUGGAUUUAUGAAAAAGUUUCUAAGGAAAGGUGUGCACUUUUCCAAGGACCACUUUUCACCACUUUUGAUGAGUUAUUUGAUUGGUCAAACUCCCAGUGCUGGUUUUAGGAAGGAUCUUGACAUACCUGAAGUCAAGCAAGCGAUUUUCGCAACCCACCAUUUUGUUUUCCAGGCUCAUAUUGUUUUGGAAGGUGCUGCUAUAAAGCUUGCCAGUGAACCCUGUGGUAGGAGGAUUCACAGUUACUUUUCUAGAUUGCUAAGAGCUGUUGAUGCGAUUGAAAAUACAGGGUUUGAUCAUUCCCAAACUCCAACCCAACUCCAAAAUCAGGUCAGGAAGAAUAUAUUUUUGAUUAAAAAAUGUCUUGGAUGCAUCUCUAGCUUUUUCUAAAUAUUUUAUUUGUCAAAUCAGUCCAAUUAUUGAGUAGUUUAACAUGCAUCGAUUUCCUCAGCUUUCCAACAAACCUUCAUUUGUUUUUACAAGUAUUGCAAAUUUUAGAAUUUAAAAAAAGCUGCUACUGUUGUAAUUAUUGUAUAUGUUAUUUUUUUGUGUCGAAAUAAAACUGGUCUAUUCAUAUUA